AUGGUCAAAGAUACGGAGAUGUUGCUUGGCGGUUUCGGCGUGGCCAUUUGUGACUCCAAGGGAACUUGUAUGUGGAAUGUGAAGAAAAUCUUUCCAUUGGAUGAUUCUACAACUCUUGAAGUUGCAGAGAUAGUUGCAGAGAUGACUGCUUUGACCGAUGGUUUGAAAUGGACGGUGGAAUUGGGUAUGCCUAAUGUCACAUUCUUUGUGUUGCAACAUGUAGAUUUCUAA